AUGGCUACCAGCUCUGUCCAACACGACGUCUCCAUCCGAGUGACCAGUCAUUCUCGCAGACUAAGGCGGGUCUCUGGACAGGCUUCCAUCAAGUCCCCACCGGUUUCAGAAAGCAGAACCCCACGACAGGGUCGUGCUAUAGGCUACCCGCGUACAAAGGCCAGCACAGGGUCAUCACAAGGCUACGAACCAGACGACGAGGCAUCCUGCGUCGCUAGUGUCGAGAAGGUUCGCUCGUGGCAGGAGCGCCUAAACAGACCGAAGGGCGGCAAAGGAUGUAUCGGAGAGCAAGAGCGGGCAAAUGAGCAUGCAGACCUUCCUCAGGGUCUGCAACAAGGAACGAACCCGCGCCCUUCGUCUGUGCGCAAUUCGACUGCAGCAGUAACUCGUAUGGAGUACCCCCAAAUUGAAACUACGAGUCGAGCGGAGGAUGUUCGACCACCCUCAAUCUUCCCUACCGCAGCCAAUGAAGCAGCUUUUACUGGAGAGAUUGCGAGGACAUCACAACCGCAAGAAAGAGCGGCAGCCGAUAAUCAGAGCACAUCCUCGACACAUCGGUCAAGUGAAGUGGGGAAACCCAAGUCCGCGAGGAAUUCCAUAGGUGACUGUCGCAUCAUCCUGCCGCCAUCACCCUAUGAGCGAGAGGUCGUGGUGUAUCCUGGCGGGAAGAUGCGAGUCACGACCAGUCCACCACCACCACCUAUCCGCCGUGCCCAAGCUCCCCAAGGGCCAAUAUAUGUCCUACCGUCCCCUCGGCCACGAUCACAUUCCUUCACGGAUCCCAACCGUGCCGCCCACGGUGCAGCGCCCCAGAGUAGGACAAUCACAUUCGCAGAUGAUACCCGCCGGCACCAUACCCUUCGGCGAUCGUCUGUUACAAUCCAUUCGCCACAGGCCCCAAUCGUUAUUCUGCCCAGUAACCGACGUCAAGCUCGCAAUGCAGGACCAGUCCCAGUAUUCACAUGGUAUUCCAUAUGA